AUCCACUCUAUUGAUCACUCGACACAUAUCGCGAACGGCUCGCCUUAUACGGACGACCGUGCCACCUUUAUUGUCCAAUUUAACAUAUAGACGUGUGCUAGCCGCGAUGUUACCGGUGAACUCAUAAUGUGCGUCGUUCAAAAAUAGAAAUACAGUGUUUACAGGAAAAUAGUAUCAAUAACAAAGUGUUGCGGUUUGUAAUUGAACGGAAAUGGCAGCUAAAUCGCCUACUAUGAGUGUGAAGUCGCGGGAAAUGAUCGGCGAAGAGCAGUUCAGUCAGCGGCGCGAAGUGUUCGGCAAGCACGACACGGUGUUCCUCCCGCCCGCGUCGCCCGUGCCCACCAGCUACCGCGACGUCGAGCCCAUCGUCACCUCCAACCACGGCAAGACCACCGCCAACUUCAAGCGCAACACGCCCGGCUACUCCAGCAUGAGGGAGUCACGCACCGACGAGCGAGUCUUCGACUUUAGACCGAGGAAGUACUCCGACAAUUUCACAUCGGAAGUGAAUCAAAGUGACGAUGUGGAAUACAGACAUACGAUGACUGAAAGGACGCGGCGCUUGUCCAAACUGCGGCGGGAUUUCAUGACUUCCAACUUACACGAGCCAGGUAGUACCAGUCCUUUCAACCGCUCCGGGACACGAGCGUCUAUGCCGGCUAACAGUUCUUCACCUCUUAAAUAUAAAAUUGAAAGUCCUAAUUUAUACAAGUUCCCGUUCGCUGAACCGUACUCGACGCCGACGCCGGUGCGCCGAGUGGUUGUUGAUCUAGGACCGGCAGACGAAAACGGUGGAAAGGAGAAUCAGGAUCCAGAGAGAGUUCGACAUCAAAGUUUGUCAGGACAAGACACGCCUAGUAGACUGGACCAACAAAAGUUGUUUGAAGAAAUACUGAAGAGAUACUCCCCGCAGCGAAAGCCAAUCGACUGGGAGUUACCUCCGACCAAGCCGAGGGUGGUCGCGUCAGUUCCUAAAUCUAAUUCUAGUGUGGCCGACAGUAUUGAUAGUGCAGAUAAAAAAGGUGACGACAAAAAUGAGAAAACGGGUGAUGAUGACGUGUUUGAGAAGAAGCAAAAUGGUGAAGUGGCCCCGGCUGUUUUAAGUGAAAAUCCAGUGGAAAAAUCUAGUGAGAAUCCGGUUGAAGUUAAAGCAGAGGUUAUUCAAAACGGCCCUGAAUCGUUAAGUGCCGGCGCGACUAAGGAAAAUGAAUCAAAAACAUUACAGUCCGAACUGGACGAGAAACAGGAUGAAGUGCCCGAGCUGUCGCAGAUUCAGAGACAAGUAAUUAAAGAGGGUCCCAAAAAGCCACCUCUAGAAAUCGUAGAUUUAAGUAUACCUGCACUGAUACAGAAAAUGACUGCGGAGGGUGAAAACCUGGAGAAUACGAAUAAAAAACAGAAGAAAGUAAAGCGAAAACGUAGUUUCUUAGACAAGUUGCUAGGUCGCAAGAAGGACAAGUAGUAGCUAGCGAUAUAUUAUAACAUUGAUGUGAUAUUGAACAUACUGCAAAUAAUGCAGGACAGCCAAAGAUUAAAAGAAGCAUGACGUCAUUUCUGUAAUCUUUUGAUAUGUAGAUAUUUCUUUACAUGGCAAAGGAAUAAACCGAUAGAUUUAUUUAUAUCUAAUAAUUAAGGCCAGUCUUCCUAUGUUUUUUAUCGUAAUGCAUUGGUUGGGUUAUCACUAGCUGAUAAUACUAAGUGCCAUGUGACACGCCCUAUCUGCCAAAUUCAAACUGUCUUAUAACAAAUAUUUUGUGAAUAACUAGUAUGUAAGAGAAAUAUUAAUAGUUGUGCUAUUAACGUUAUAUAUUUUGUUAUUUGUUUAAUUAAUUAAUAUCAUAAUACAUCCUGUAAAUUUUCCGUAAACGUGCCUUAAGUUAUCAAUAGGUACAAUUCUAUGAUGUCAUUAAAAACACUACUAUUUAUAACUAGCUCCGUUUAAUAAUACUGUUACAAUUCCCACACAAAUAUUGCCGAGAUCAUAAGCUAGUGAGCCUUAGAACCAAAUAUUUUCAUAAUAAAUUUUCUGUUUUUAA